AUUUGGUUUUCCUUGUUUUUUUGCAAGUUUUUUAUUGUUUACACUAAAAAGUAUCACAUGAUGACAAUAUCGAUGUUUUAUACUAAGUUCUUACGUGAAUAUUUUUAUUUGGACACUGAAGCUGUUAAUGGGAAGUGAAAUUGUGAUUCGGCUAUGAUGUAUGUGAAGAGCAUUUUCACCAUAGCAUUAAUUAUACUAACAUCAGGUACAGCGCUAGGUAAAAAAUGGUAUGCGAACAACACUGGCACUGGAAACAUCUGCAGCCAUACGCACCCAUGCAACAUUCAUAACGCAACCAUGAAAGCCAAGUCCAAUGACAAAAUAAUCAUAAUCAAUAAUAAAACUCCCUUGGUGAUUAACAAAACAAUCGUAGUCAAUACUACAAAUAUCGUGUUGAAUUGUAAUAAUAGUAUGAUAGAAAGUCACGAAAACAUUUCAAUUUUUACUUUCCAUGUACCAGUUGGCAUUCAUUUAAAGAAUUGCAUUUUUAAAAAUUUUUUCACCCUCCUACAAUUUAAUAAUAACAGUGAAGUAAACAAUCAACUAAGAGUGUGUAAUUGUUUGUUUAUAAACUUCGCAUAUGCAAUUAAUAUUACAGAAGGUUCAUGGAAUAUAAAUAUAGCCAACAGUGCUUUUGAAGGUCACGUUUUUAUUAUUGUAAAUUUUCAAUUACCCACCAACUUGUCCCAACCAUUUAUCAAUAAUAAUCAGUCAUGUACCAAUCAUAGGCAAAUACUUUAUCAUACCCAAAUAAUUAAUUAUACCCAAAUAAUUAAUCAUACCCUGCCUUUUGCAUUAGUGUUAAAGACCGAUAAGGUAUGCGAUGUAACAAUUCAAAAUUGUAGAUUUGAAGGCUUAUCAAGUGCUCUGCACUGGAACAGUUCCUGUAAACACAAAAGUUCUCUGACUGUCACCAAUUGUAAUUUUACAGGUAAUAAGCUUUCAUUGAAUGAAACCGUGUUCAUUUCAGGAAAUGUUUAUGUACAAAUAUCAGGUACCGAGUUUAAAAAUAACAUUGGGGAAAAAGGCGGUGCAUUAAGGAUAGAGAAGAACUCAGAAAAUGUAACUAUCGACAAAUGUUGGUUUCGUUAUAACUCAGCAGCAGUUAUGGGUGGAGCUUGUUACUUUGAUUCCGAUGUCACAAUAAAAGAUAGUCAUUUUAUAUACAAUGUUGUUGACACGUCUUUGGAGACAGACAUUGCACAGACGUCAUCAAACGAUGGUGGUGCUGUCUACAACAUUGGCAACCUUACACUUCUGAAUUCUGAUUUUAUCAACAACACUGCUCCUGCUUUUGGAGGAGCCGUCUACCACUCUGCAACAAAAGACAAUACAUUAUUAAAGAUAGUAAAUAGUAGCAUAACUGGACCUUCUGCUGAUCUAAAUUUAUCUUAUGUUGGAGGUUUGAUGUAUGCAAAUGCUUUAAUUGAUGUGAACGGUCUUGAACUGGUUGCUAAAACAGCUAUGAAUUAUGGAUCAUUGUUUUAUUACUAUAAUGUUGUGCAUAAAAGUGAUGAACUUCGCAGUAAAACGCAUUUAAAUUUAAAUAUGACAUGCCCAAUUAAUUACAGAUUACAGAAUCGAACAGUAAAAAACGGCAAGCAUUCUGAUUCGCUUAUAUAUUUUUGUUCUGUUUGUGAAAUAGGAACGUACAAUCUUUCCAAUUCCUUUAAUUCUUUUACGGAUAAUGAAUCUCAUAAAAACAGCAAGAAUAUUACAUGUGGAAACUGUCCAAUAGGAGGGGUGUGUAAUCAUGGCAUAAAAAGCCGUGAUAAUUUUUGGGGGAGUGUAACUGGAAGCCAAACCGUAAAUUUUAUUUCUUGUCCUUCAGGCUAUUGUUGUACGAACGGCACUUGCACAUCAUACAACACUUGUGCACCCAACAGAACUGGUUACCUUUGUGGUAAUUGUAGUAAAAACCACACAGAAAGCAUAUAUUCUUCAGAUUGCUUAAAAAAUGAUGACUGCAAGCCUUACGUCUAUUGGAUUAUAUGCUUCCUUACCGCAUUUUGUUACGUUUUUGUUUUGUUGUAUUUCAAAGAAAUUGUUCAUUUUUUUAAUUACUUACUGAAAGAUUCCUUAAAUAUUCCCACGAAACAUCUUUUGUUUAAAAUAUUUCGUGCGGAAGAGAAGGAGGAAAAUGUUGUGUUGUUACAAAAUUGUACAAGUGGGGAUCAAGCAACGCCUGCUGUCAAAGCUAACAGUACGUCGACUACUGGAUUUUUAAAAGUAAUCAUUUUCUUUUAUCAAGUGGAACUUCUAUUAAAUAUCAAUGCAUCUUCAAAAAAUGAUUACAAUUUAUUUAAAAAAUUUAGUGUUGUGGAGAAGAUUAUAGCAUAUGUGGGUUCCUUCAAAUCAUUUUCGCCUAUGUGUCCUUACGAAGGAAUGAACGCUGUUGGGAAAGAAUUCAUCAAAAUGUUGUUUAUCGGAAUUAUUUUUCUGAUCAUUGGUUGUGGCUUUGCUCUCCUUUCACUGCGAAAGUAUUUAAUGAAAGGAAAGAACCGUCAAGAUUAUGGUGAUGAUUGCCAUGCUCCGCUUUUGCCUUUAAAUAAGCUAUCAUUCAAACUGCGAUUAAAGUGUGGAUUUCUACAAAUGAUCUUACUUUGUUUUCUUCCAGCUGUCACAAUUAUGUUCCAACUGCUUCAUUGUGUCCAUAUUUUUAAACAAAUCAGCAACUACACAGAUAUUAAGAAAAUCAACAACUACACAGAUAUUGAGAAAAGCAACAACUAUACAGAUUUUAAGAAGAUCAGCACCAUUAAAAAAACACUAUCGCUUUACAUUUGUGCACAUUAUGAUUGCUUCACAGGACAGACAUGGUGGCAGCUAGUGAUUAUUAUUUUGUUAGUCAUAUGGGUUUUCCCAUUUUGUUUCACAUUGUAUUGGAAUAUCAGAUAUUUGGAGGAGAGUAAAAUUGGACCCAAUGAGUUUCUGCAACGUAUUUUAUUUCCAUUACGGACCGUGUUUUACCAAAUAAAAUCUAACAGAGCAAAACAUGUGCCCAAACUUUCUGAAGAGGAGGUAGAGGAAGCGAAACAUUUGCUGCAUACAUUUAUCGCUCCUUAUCGUGCCGAGAAAAGUUAUUGGGAAGUUGUUGUUAUUAUGAGAAGGAUGGUGCUAUCAAUUGUAUAUGUUUAUGGUAUAAACCCAGUUGAGAGAUUAUAUCUCAUUAUAUUGAUCCUAAGUAUUAUUUUGCUUGAUCAUUUGAGAACUAAACCAUACAAAGGAAAAGUUUUGAAUUGGUUGGAAACUAUAUCACUGGUUAUAUUGAUAUGUUUUGCAGCUAUAAAUAUAUUUUGGGCAGAAAGUUACCUUUUGGCAGCAAGAAAGGAAAACUUUCUGGGUCCUCUUUUUAUAUACAUGGAAGUCAUUAUUUUGUCGCUACCAGCCAUCUUGUUUGGUUUGUUUUUAACAUUUAUAAUUGUAACAAAAUUAUUUUUUGCAUGUUCACGUUGUUGUAGAAAAUUUAAAACAACCUAAUUUGAAACAAACAUUUUUACUUCUUAAAGUUUAUUUUUAAUUCAUUGUUGAUAAGCCUGAGUUUUAAAAACAACUUGGUCAGGCGAGUUAGCAUUGUCAAGAACUUCCUGAGUACCGACUACUUUAUAAUAUUUUCCUUUAAAACGUACGGUGACAAUUGUUGAAUAUUUUUUAAUAUCUUUUUAUCUUUGUAAUUUGGAACAAAGAGUUUGUUUGUUUGUUGAUAUUAGGUUGGAAGAAUUUAUUGUUUCUUUCUUUCUUUCUGAUAAUUUGUUUUAUAUUAAAAAUAUGUUUGAUCUAUAAUUUUACGAACUAAAGUUAACAUAAUUCACAUAUUUUAAGUUACUUAUUUUCGCCUUCGUAGUGCGUUUUAAGGUUCGUAAGUUCUCCUCCCUACCCAGACACAUCUAAAUUUGAAAUUAACAACCACCAAUCCGCAGUUAGUUUUCUAAAACAAACCUUGAAUUUCGAUUUUAAUUCCACUACAGAUUACCACUUUUGAAAAUCUAUUCUAUCGAAGGUGAAAAAAAAUGAUACCACUAGUGAAAUUGAUUUUUGUGUAUAACGAUAUCACGAUACGUUAUGCUAAAUGGAUGUAAUUUUGAAAUGAAAUACAUAUCUAUAAUAUGGUUUA